GGCUUGCGUCCCCUCACCCGUCGCCACUAUACGCCGCCGGUGCCUCUCCCAUCGUCGCCGUCGUGUAAGUUUUUUUUCCAGUUCUUUUAUACAACGAGGCUCAUAACAGUAUGAUGGUAUGUGACAGAAAUCUAUUUGAUGCAGUAUGAAUAUCGACGGUGUGAUUCCAUGUUCUGUUCAAAAGUGGGUUAGCCUAGUUGACAAACUGUCACCAAGUCAGAAAUUCAGGUUUUAUGAAACGGAUAUGCAGGGCAUGUUUAGAAUACCAUCGAUAAGGAUGCGUGAUUUUUUGCUUCACUUUUUACUCCAAAGUUACAAUCCGAGUAGCAAAAAAUUCAUGGUUCAAGAGAGUUCUGGAAGUACUGCUGGAUGUAAAGGUCUUAUUUCAUUAAGGCCUGAUGAUGUGUACUCCAUAUUUGGUUGGAAAAACAAUGGAGUGGAUGUUUUUGGGUUUCUUAGUACUGAAGGAGAAAAAGCAACCAAAAAAAUACCAGUUAGUUUUGUUAGCAAGAAAAAUGGUAAGAUCAUGAUUGAUGAUCUCAUAGAAAAGAUUGUGAAGGAUAAGAGCACUGAUGAUGACUUUAUUCGGAUGACAUUUCUAGUUCUCUUAGGAACUAUAAUUGCACCAGUGUCUCAUGAAUACGUUCCGAAAAAGUACUAUGCCUUAGUGAAAAAUAUUAAGUUGAUAAGGAAGUUCAACUGGAAUGCAUUCACUUCACGAUUCUGUUUAUCGGAGAUUGGUAAGCUUCUGCAGGACGGCCAUGUUAGGCAGUGGCCCCAGGGGAACCUCGCCCUUUUGCAAUACCUAUACUGGGAGAAGGUGCAACCAAUCACCGGUCCAAAAUAUGAUCCGUUGGCAUUGUUGAGCCCGCUGAUGAGGAACUGGACGGAAGAUAUGGCUGUGAGAAGAGACAAAUACGACUACGAAUAUGGUCGUGGUGUUGGGAUGAUCGAUGACAACAUUACAGAGGAGUAUAGGUUGAAAAAAAUUGCGGAAGAAGAAGCUCAAAAAACCAAGAAAGCUAGUAGCAAAAAAUCUAACGUUACUGGAACGAGGAAAGAGGGCAGUACCUCGGAGGCUUCGAGCCAGAAGCCUACUAUGGACCGGAUUUUGAGUGAGAUGAAUGAGCUUCGGAAGGAAAUGCUUCGUUUGCCAGAGAGGAUGAUUGAGAAACUGAACAAAACCGGCGUCUCCUACAAACCCAGUAACCUGGAAGAGGACGAAGAGAAUCUGUACGGAGGCAUUAAUGAGUCUUCAAACGAUGUUGGACGUCCGCAAAAAGAGUUUGUAUAUCAAAAAGAUGAUUCAGACCGGUUCCGCACACCUUCCAAAAUGAAUUUGCAAAAGGAUGAUAACGGCGUUGAUGUAACUUCUCGUGAAAACACACCUUUUUACUGCACACCUGAGUACUGGGAUAGUUUCAAGGGUGAUAUGGAUGAUCCUGUCCAAGUACCAGAAGUAUCAGAUGAAAAAGCUGCCACAUCUUUAGAGACGGACGAAAUCGCAUCGCAUGCGUCGGUUGGUUCUCAAGGAGUACAAGAGGAAGUGGAGGAGGUUACUGGCAGGCGCAAGCGCAGAGGAUCACAACAUGUCAAGUCUCCUUAUGUGGUCCCUAAACCAAACAAACGUGCAAAACGUUCUGCCAAAGGAAAAUUGUUCCAAAAUGGUGAUGUUAACAAAUCUGGUGAUGAGUAUGAUGUGGUGAAAGCGUCCAUCAAGUACGUGCGUGCGCAUGAGCAUUUACAAAAACAUGCCAAAACAGAAAUUUUCAAUGAUGGCAUGGAAGAAGGUCUCACUGUGAGGAGAGCUUGUCAGAUUAUUAACCAUGAGUGGCUAAGUGGCGACGUAAUUGAUGCAUACUCAUCAUUUUUGGUCGACAAAGUUAAUGAUGAUCGUUUCAUGUUAACAACUUGGAGGAUACAUUGGUUGCUUCACGUUAGACCCGGAAAGAAGACCGCCGGUAAUGAUUAUGAAGCAGAGUCGCAUAGUAAUGGACCCGUGAACAGAUGUGAGGACGAGUAUUUCAAAAAAUCAAAGACUUACAUUCCUCUAAACAAGCAAAAUAAUCACUGGAUUACUGUCGUCAUGCAUAGCGGAAAAAGAGAGUUUCAGGUUCUUGACUCGUUGAUGACCGGAAAACUUGACACUGUUACUAGAGAACUCGUUGAGGACCUGAGAAAACAACUAGCAGAAGAUAUCCAAGAAGCAAAUGCAACCGGAAUUGUGAAUUAUCCGGAUGUUUCCAAGUGGCCUAUUCAAACGUAUGACAUGCCAAAACAACAUGAUGGGUACGCAAGUCAUGUUUGGACUACGAUGUACAAUGAACGCUGUGCUAACACCAUUUUUUUUCAGACCUCAAUUGAUGAUUCGAGAGAGUUAAUGAUUGCGCAACUUAUAUUUUCGGAAAGAAACAAGCUUGAUGAAGUGAAAAACAAAGUUAUUCGGAUAUCAAAGAAGAAGAAAUAGAUGCGGCACGGAGGAGUUUUG